GCUGGGGCUGGGGCUGGGGCUGGACAUGUUGGCGGCAGUGGGGGUCAUACUUUUGGACGCCGCAAUCAAAUUCCGAAUAGGAAGCAAAUGAUGAGUUUGGAUGAGUGUAAACAUUUACUGAAUAUUGCUCCGGGUCGUAGCCAUCAUGGACGCAUCAAAAUGGAAGGUGCAAUAAUGGAAUGUGAUAUUUGCUGUCGAGAAUCGGAUUUGUUCGCAAUUGGUGAAUGUUUACACCCGUUGUGUAUGGAAUGUGGCAUAAGAUUGAGGAUUUUAAGCAAGACUGACUCGUGUCCGAAGUGUAGAGCAACUAUUGAAACGGUUCGUGUUCGUUGUUUUGGCUUCUUUUGCCGUGAUUAG